GAACCUGAGAGGUUGAGGGUGAGGGGUCAGAGUUGAUGGUCCGUGUACACCCAUGUGGUUUGCUGUUUUGAAAAUAUUAGCCCCAGAUAUCAGAAAACAACAUGGGAAAGCGUAAACAGACGGAAUCCAGUGAGACGUUAAAACGAGGUGGCAAAACCGGACAACAUGUUAGUAAGAAGCCAAAGCGAGAUGAGCGGCCAAAACAAGACGAACAUCUUCAGCAAAUCCCAUUUCGUCUCCGUGAAAUUAUGAAAAGUAAAGAGAGAAUGAAAAAGGGAAAAAGACCAAAGCCUAAGCCGACCGAAAAGAUUAAAAAAGUCAUUACUCCCAAACCUAAGAUGAAAGCAGAGACCCAGGUUGAGGACAUCCCUGUCCCCCAUUUUCGUAGAAGAAAGAAGGAGUCAGAGAAAUCAUACGUUCAACGCAUGAACAGCGAGACUCAGCAUGUCCUUUUCCUCACCAAGAACCAAGUUGAGAGACAACCUGAGCUGGUGGAGGACCAGGAGGAGCCUGAGGAAAACCAGAAGUCAGAAAAAAAGAAAGAGUAUAAUAAGUCUCGACUUCAGAGGCUGCAUAAAAAGAAGCUGGACAGACAAGAAGAUAAGUUGGAAAACGAUAAGCUCAUUGAUAAAGUUAGAUUUGGUGAAGUUGCUAUGGCCCCACCAACUUUGAGUGUUAAACCAAAGAAGGCGGCUUUAAAGGGACAGGGCAUCAACAAGGCUCUGCUGCUGAACUCCCUACUGGGCCAAGCCACAAGCUCUACGGUCAAGCCCUCCAUGGCCAGGCAGCGGAUCGUGGAGGAAGAGAGGCUGCGUGUGGUGGAGGCAUACCGUUACCUCAAGAAGCAGAAACUGAAGCAGCAGGAAAGCAAGGCUGCUGGCCUGGACAAGCUCAUGAACCUCUGAAGCCUCACGUCACCGGCAUUACCACACAGAACCAGGAACAAGGGCUAGCCUUGUCACAUGACUGAUACCCAUCCAGGGUACAGAGACUUAAUGGUGGCUACAUUGCCGUCUGGUGGAAAGUCAGACUCAUUGUAUGUAGCUAAAAAGCUAUUGAGACAUGGACUGGCAACUCGAUCGUAAAUUUGAAAGCUUUACCAUUUACUGUGGAGGCUCUUUGGACUGAACACCAUGAAAAUACAGGGCCAAAGAAACAAACAUUUUGGCAUUUCUAGAUUAUGGUCACUAGAUGGCAGUCAGUUUCCCUACACACAGCUAUGUCUGUAUUGUUUAUGUCUAUGGAAAGCCUUGUUUGAAAAAUUGUGAUUAUUUAAAUAAAUGCUUAAUAUUUUUA